GCAGCGUGAGAACGGGCGGUGUGCCGCGGGUUUGUCUGGGAGUUGUAGUCCGGGUCGACGGGUUACGCACUUACGCGGGCACACGGACGCCAUUGUGCGCUGCGCGCAGGACUGCCCGAGACCCGACUAACAAGAGGAAGUCAUGGCUUCCGGGCUUCCGACGGCGUGGUUCCGUGAGCCAGUGACCUUUGACGAUGUGACCCUGGGCUUUACACUGGAGGAGUGGGGUCUGCUUGACCUUGAACAGAAGUCCCUGUACAGGGCAGUGAUGUUGGAGAACUACAGGAACCUGGUAACAGUGGAACAUCAGUUGUCCAAACCAGAUGUCGUAUCUCAGUUAGAAGAGGCAGAAGAGCUCUGUUCCAUGGAGAGAGGAAUUCACGGCUCCUUUUCAGAAUGUCCUGAGGCUCAGUUGAACUCUCAGUCCAAUCGUCUUCAUGCUGAGAAUCCCCUGAUGAAGAUCAAGGUGGUUGAAGUCCUCACAUUGAAUGAGGAGGUAGCUCGGACCCGGAACGCCCAGAUACGGGCUCUCUAUGCUGAAAAUGAGGGCUUGAGCCCAGACUUCGGGGAGCCAACACAACAGCAGAGCCAGUGUACAGUGGACUCCACUGCUGUUCAGCAGAGGUUCCGCGGAUUUCGCUUUGACAAGGCCACAGGACCUCAGGAUGCCCUGGUCCAGUUGCGUGAGCUUUGCCACCAGUGGUUGCAACCUGAGAUACGCUCCAAAGAACAGAUUCUAGAGCUGCUGGUGCUGGAGCAGUUCCUGGCAUCGCUGCCUCCUAAGCUACGUGUGUGGGUGGAGUCGCAGCACCCUGAGAGUUGUCAGGCAGCGGUGGCCCUGGUGGAGGAUGCGACUGGGGUAUCUGAGGAGGAAGCUUCACCCACCCAAGGCUCCACCUGCUCUCUGGAUGUCACAGCUCACAAAGAGAAGGACAAAGACAUGACCGCCUGCAUAGAGAAGGCACUGCCUGAGGAUCCUGUGACCUUCCAGGACGUGGCUGUGGACUUCAGCAAGGAGGAAUGGGGGCUGCUGGACCCAACCCAGAGAACUGAGUACCAUGAUGUGAUGUUAGAGACAUUUGGGCACUUGGUUUCUGUGGGGUGGGACACUACGCUGGAAAAUAAACAGUUAACGUCAGGGUCUGAUAUUCCUGAGCAAGAACCAUCCCCUGAGCCGAAAAUGGCAGUAGUCUCACAAGAGGAGGCCAGGCCCUCCACCUCCAGGGAUAGCCCACAUGGUGGGACCCCCAAAGUCUCAAAAACUGCACUGAAACAGGUGAAGCCUGCUCAGGAAAAGACCCUCCCUAAGAAGCACUGUCAGAGUCUCAGGUCCCAGGCAAACAUUACUUCUGAUAAAAGCCAUGUUUCAGUCCCAAAAAGUCUUCCUAAGAAAAACUUACGCAAGCGUGUCUCACAGGUUAAAAAUGUGACACAGACUCCAUUUGUCAAAAUUCAUCAGAAGAGCUACAGAGAGGAAAAAGCUAGGGAAAGUAGUGGGAAAGUCUUCAUUCGAAACCCUCAGCAGAUAACCUUCACCAAAAUUCGUAAAGGGAGCCAAGUUUGCCGAUGCAGUGCCUGUGGUAAAAUAUUUCGUAACCCAAGAUACUUUUCUGUACAUAAGAAAAUCCACACAGGAGAGAGGCCUUACGUGUGUCAGAAUUGUGGGAAAGCAUUCGUUCAGAGCUCCUCACUCACACAGCACAUGCGAGUUCACACUGGAGAGAGACCGUUUGAAUGUAAGGAGUGUGGCAGGACCUUCAAUGAUCGCUCAGCCAUCUCUCAGCACUUGAGGACUCACACCGGGGCCAAGCCCUACAUGUGCCGGGUCUGUGGGAAGGCCUUUCGCCAGAGCUCCCAUCUCAUCAGGCAUCGACGCACGCACACAGGAGAGCGUCCCUACAAGUGCACCAGAUGUGGAAAGGCCUUCACCCAAAGCUCACACCUCAUUGGGCACCAGAAAACACACAGUAAGGCCAAGCUCAAGAAGAAACGGACUGCCUUAUAGUACUCAGACUAGCAGAAGAGAUGGCAUCUUUUUGACCUGGUCCUUCAUGACCUGGUUGCAAGCUACUAACAUAAUUUGCCAUUAUAAGUUCAUUUAGUUAUUGAAAUACUAGUAAAGCUUGUUAUGUUGUACGUUUUUAAAGCCUGGUACCAAAAUGUCUAAUACGAUGAUAAUCUAUUCAAGGUAAAACACUUAUGCAUAUGUCGGGGACUUAAAAACUUGGAUAAAUAUUUCUGUGGUAGAAUC